AUGCUGGUGACCUAUUUGGAAGCCAGCCGGGACCUUUGCGAGACGGACUCGAUUCUCUUUGGCGCCGCAGUGGCAGUUUGCCGUAUUAUUGGCGCCAAACUUCCCAUGGCUGGACGCGCUACUACACAAAGUAACGCCAUCCCAGCCUGGAGGAAAAGAAUCGAGGACCGUAUCGCAAAGGCAGGGGCCCUUAUCGGCAGACUGACAAGCUUCAGGUCGGGUAAUAAUAGACCGAGGAUUAUGCGCACCGUUAGGAUGGCGUUUGCUGGGACAAAUAUCAGUUUGUCCCAGCCGAAUAUCACGCAGAAACUAACGGAGCGCAUAGACGACCUGAAGCAAAAUAUCGCUGCUUGGGGGAAGCGGAUUCGACGAUUUUCCGAGGGGUCAAGGCGGUUCAACCAGAAUCGUCUCUUCCAGAGUGAUCAGAAGAGGCUCUAUAAAUUAUUGGAGCGACCAAAGGUAUGUGUAGCGGGCCAAGGACCGGAUCAGGCUGACAUUAUCGCGUUCUGGCGUGGCCUGUGGUCAGAGCCCGUAAACCACAGGCUGGAGCCAUCUCUAUCCGUCACUGAGCAAAACCUGGCAGACCGAGUUCGGUACAUCCUGCGCUCCAACAUAUUUGGUGACGCCGAACUCGAACGACUACGACGUGAGGCUGUUCCCUCAUCGGAUGGAAAUGCUACGGCUGGGAAUGCGGCGCCACUAAUUGCGCAGCAAACUGCAAAUGUGGACGCUGCCGUCAAUAUUCCAUUUGUGGUUGAUUCAGACGAUGAUGGAAUAGUCCCCCACGAACUAGAGAAAAUGAGAAGCAUAUUGGAAGAGUCGAUGCUGGAAACGCGCAGCAUGCCUCUCGAAAAUCGACCGCGACUUCCCCCGCAUACCCCUUAG